AAAUGAUAUUUUCGUUGAAUAGAUUAUCGUAUAAUAAUAAACGAUAUUUCAGGCGGUAAAAGCAAUGAAACGUAGAACCUUAAAUAGUAAGCAGUAGUAUAAGCGGACAUUAGUCAGCCAACUAUAGGUAAACUUGGUUCUUUAGCAUUCACCUUGUAUAUAUACAUAUCCACGAUCCUCAUCUUUGCGUUAGAAAUAUGGUUCAAGACUAUAUGUGGAAAGCAAUCGAUGAAGGCAUUGUAUUAAUGUAGAAAUCGAAAAAUAAAAAAUUACAACGAGUGAUUGCAGCUCAAAAAGAAAUUUGUUUUAUCGAAAAUCUGUCCGAUAGGAAAAAUAAAAAGGAACAGAAAAUAAAACGUUGACGUGUGAUGUUUUCAUUGGGGGAAAAAAAGUGUGUGUGGGAGAAUGGGGCUGGAAAAGUAGAGUGGACAUUCAUAGAAUGAGAGAAAAGAGUAGGUCAGAGAGAUAGGAGAAAAGAUAGGAUGCUAGUACGCGCAUUUCGCGCAUUUCGCGCAUUUCGCGCAUGCCACUAUGGAGGAGAGAAAGAUAGAGAGGACUUUCCGUAUGAGUGGGCGGCUGAACACGGUCAGACUAGGGAGGAAAUAUCUCUAGGAAAGAGUGUGACAUUUCAAAUCUUGAAUACUUUGCUGCCACGUAGCCUAUUACAGAUGUGGAAGUUUAAUACAUGGACAGAAAGAGAGAGGGAGAGAUUGAGAGAGAGAGAGAAAGAGAAAGAGAGAGAGAGAGAGAGAAUGAAAGAGAGAGGAAGAGGGAGGGAGGGAGGGAGAGAGAGAGGGCCGAGAGAAAGCGAGGGAACAAGGGAGCAAUUCACUGACUCAGCGGAAGAUUCCAUACAAAGCGAUUCAAAAACCUGCGGUAAUAUUUUAGUGGUAUUAUCUUGGAUUUUGGUGAUCAUGACUAUGCCAUUCUCUCUCUUCGUUUGCUUUAAGGUAGUACAAGAAUACGAAAGGGCGGUUAUAUUUCGAUUAGGCCGUCUUCUAUCUGGCGGUGCUAAAGGUCCUGGAAUUUUCUUCAUUCUACCAUGCGUGGACAAUUAUGCUCGAGUCGAUCUUCGUACGAGAACAUAUGAUGUUCCACCGCAAGAGGUAUUAACAAAGGAUAGCGUUACCGUGUCCGUGGAUGCAGUCGUUUAUUAUCGUGUUAAUAAUGCCACUAUUUCUAUUGCUAACGUUGAAAAUGCACAUCAUAGUACGAGACUUCUUGCUCAAACGACGCUUCGAAAUACUAUGGGCACAAGGCCACUACAUGAGAUACUUAGCGAGCGUGAAACUAUUUCUGGUAACAUGCAGAUUUCCUUGGAUGAAGCUACCGAUACAUGGGGCAUAAAAGUCGAACGAGUCGAAAUUAAAGACGUACGGCUACCUGUUCAAUUGCAACGAGCUAUGGCAGCAGAAGCAGAGGCAGCUCGUGAAGCUCGUGCAAAGGUAAUCGCCGCCGAAGGUGAGCAAAAGGCAAGUAGGGCGUUAAGAGAAGCAUCGGAGGUAAUCGGAGAUUCUCCGGCAGCAUUGCAACUACGUUAUCUUCAGACCCUUAACACCAUCUCGGCUGAAAAGAAUUCGACGAUCGUAUUUCCAUUGCCCAUUGACAUGCUUACGUACUUUAUGAAAGCAAGAGAAAUGUCUUAAUUUUAUGUAUUAUUCAAAUGAUAUACAUAUAUUCAAUAUGUACCAAAAAGUUGGUAAAGAUUGGAAAUUGUGAGAAGAUCGAUCAAGUAUGUGGUGAUCGUAUCUCUUAUGUGUGUACGUAUUCGUUACGUUAACAAGACUUGAAUCUGACCAAGAAGAGGAGAGUUGCUAAUGGUAGACCAAAUUUCAACGUUUAUUAUUAAAUUAGACAGGCCAUAAGAUUAAUGUUCUUGCUGAAACAAAGAACAUUUCGCGGUAUAUAUAUAUAUAGAAUUAUCUAUACCGAAACAUUUAAAAAACAUUCAUCGAUAUUUUUGGAUGAUCUUAUAAUAACAUCACUGCUCUAUUUACAAACUAAUAUAAAGUAUUUACGCAAUACUUUGAUAAUACUUUAAAUCAAAAAUCGCAUCAUAAGCAAAUAGAACAUCGAAGAACAUGAAUUAGGGUGAGUAUAUAAUAUAUUACAUAGGUAUAUUCGACGUAGAAUAAAGAAGGAAACAAAAUUUAAUAUCUAGUUUUUAAUACUGUAAGUUUACGUUUUCACGUAAAUCAUGAUUAAUUUGAUAAAAAAUAUAAAAAAAGAAUUUCACACUGCCAAUCACAGUAAUACGUACACGACCGUUCCAUAAUUCCAUAUUUCGAUAAGAGAAAAUUAUUAAUUUUGCAAAAUAUACAAUUUUGCGAGAUAAUGGAAUGACGAAUCUUCGUAAAAUUUACAAACUACAAACAAGAAUACUGAUUUAUCUGAUACGAACCUUAAGAAUUUUAAGAUUAGACAAGUAUUUAUAUAUUAUAUAAUAGAACUUCUAAUAUACGAACUAAUACAGAUAUCCAGAUGUUCAGAUGAAAGAAUUGUCAUGAAAAGACAAAGAAAAAAAAAAAGAUAAUUUAUACUAAAAUAUAAGAAAUUAUCCAUUUCUGUUUGGAUUUUUAUAAUCGUCUAAAUUACCUAAAUCAUUUAUUACGUUUAACCUUAUAAAUAUGUAAUUUCUUCUUACCAAUAAAUCGAAUUUUGAUCGUGAUAGAAUAAAAGGAACACUACGUGGAAUAUAUCUGCUUUGAUAGUUCAAAUAAUGAAGGUUUUACCGUAAAUCGCCUAUUAAUUUUUAUGGCACUAAAAUAAUAGAACUGAAAAAUUUAUCUCAAUGU